AUGGGGGCUAAAAGACCUGUGGUGGAUUGCCCCACGCGUUGGAGUUCGACUUAUGAUAUGUUCACUCGGCUACUAGAACCUCGGCCAAUAUGUACAGAGAAUUAUGAGCUCUAUUUGUCCGACACUACCCGGAAUUCGAUUGAGAUUACUGUAGCCUCUUUAAAACCAAGCAACAUCCUGACUAAAAAGUUACAAAUGGAACAAAUGACUAUGAGUGACUUUUACCUCAAUUGGAUAAAUUGCAAAAUAGAGCUGAAGGGGAUAAACACCACCCACGCGUGCGAAUUACAUCGCAACAUGGAAAUUAGGGAAAAAGUCCUGUUCGAAUCUAAAGCGUUUGUCGCAGCUGUAUAUAUGGAUCCACGUGAUAACUUCCUGUUGAACACUGAUCAACUGGAAAUUGCAGAAAAAGCGUUGGUUAGUGCAUGGAUGAGGUGGCGCAAAUUAAAUAAACAAGACCGUGAUAGUACAGUGUUUAGCUCUCCUGUCACCUCUACUUCAACGCAGCAGCAAAAUGAAGGUUCUCAGCUAGAAGAUUUCUUGGAUCAGUCAUAUAAUAACACCCUGCGAGGAGAUCCAAGCUAUGGCUGCGCUGGAGACGACUCAGAUAUCAAAAUAAACUUGAAAGAAUUUUUCAACAAACAGGCACAUGCACUCGGUCCUGGCGUGGAGACAUCUGGAUUGCUGCCACCCCCCGAUGCACGACAACGUGGAUUCGUCUGCGCCGACGGCACGUGGGAGAAUUCCGCCGUGCUGGACGCGGUGCUAGGGGAUAGCAGAGCGCUGGUCGGGCUACUCCAGGCUCGGAGGCUGCCCGUGGCAUUCUGUGAUUACAUAUCUCGGCUGUACGACUCGGCGACCACCACGAUGGAUGUCGGCGUACAGUCGAGUGCAACUGUUAAACUGGGCCUAGCUUUGCGUCAGGGAGAUCCGUUGUUGCCCAUCCUGUUCAACAUGGCGAUGGACGUAAUUCUUGCCGCUCUACCGAAAGAGGUAGGCUAUAGGCUGGAAAUGGAGCGAGUCUCGGCUCUGGCCUAUGCCGAUGACCUGAUCCUGCUUGCAGGCUCAAAUGUAGGGAUGCAAGAAUCCAUUGACCGUGUGUUCGAGGUUGCGUCGUCGAUGGGUCUCUUGGUAAACAACAACAAGAGCUCCGUCUUGUCGAUGGUGCCUGAUGGAAAGCGCAGGAAGCACCACUAUCUGACCGGGAAAAAUUUCCGGAUAGGUCGGAAGUGGUUGAGUCAAACUUCCUGCGUGGAACGUUGGCGCUAUCUCGGCAUCGACUUCCAGGCGUCUGGAUACGUGAUGUUAGAGCAUGACAUCAAAGUUGCCUUAACUAAUAUCUCUAAGGAACCCCUCAAGCCGCAGCAGCGACUCGAAAUCGUAAGGGGACACCUUAUUCCGAGAUUCUUGCAUGGCCCUGUGUUGGGCAAUAUCUCGGAUGAUAGGUUAAGCAUGCUCGACGUCUAG